AUGCAAAAGAAAGAUGAUAAAGUGGGCAACAAAACCGCCAAUAAAGGAGGUAAAAAAGGGAGUGAGAGAGAAAGAUCGAAAUAGAUUGAGGUGAAAAACAAAAAAGCUGUUUAAUUACGUCAGAUUAGUUGGAAAAUAUGUCUUUUUUCUCGAAAAACUAGUUUUUAGCCAUAGUUAUGCUAAUUAGCCGAAAACUAGUUCAAGGAAGAGGAAUUGGUGGAAAGUGCUGUUUUUUCGCUACUCGCCGGCGUCACCUAAGGGUUAAAAUAACCCACUAAAGUAGAAAGAGAUCUGGAUGCCCAAUGAUUUCUUUAACCACGGCCUAAGUUGGGCUUUGUUUUAAAUAACCGGCCCUUACAGUCGUUCCUAUUAUAUAUGUCGUCCUAAACUAUGACCAAGCCUGCGAGAGGAGACAACUUUUUUGGCUCUUGUAUCACCCGCCGAGAAAAGCGAAGGGAAACGAUUUGGCCAUCCCCAUAAAAUGUUUCGUUUCCCAUCGCCCGACCGACCCAUUUCUUUGGAAAAGUAAAAAAAAAAAAAAAAAAAUUCCAGAAUCACUUGUAAAGAAGCAAGUACUUUAAUUUACAAGCACACGGUCUUUUCUUAUUAACUCCAAUUGUCUUCAAUUAUCAUGGAUACUUCGUUUUUGUAGCCUUUUUAGACAUUUGAUAGUCCUGUUCAUAGUACAUCUUUUACCAUCUGAUUAUAUCUUGCAGACUAAACGCGAGAUUUAAUAUGCAAUCAUGUGUUCAUUCUUUUUUUUUUUUUUGCCCGACCGACCGACCCACCUUCACGAGAGGGAGGGCGAUGGGAAACGAAUCAUUUUAUGGGGAUGGCCUUUCCGUGAGCUGACGAGUCAGUUUUUUUUCCAAGCAAUCAUAAUUCAACUCUUAUUUUCGUGGAGCUAACACAUGUGGGGUUUGCGUGGGGAUCUUGGUUGCAUGGCCGGUAGUUUUUAAAUUAGAGGGAGAAGUUUUUAACUUGGAAGGAGUAAUAUAUUAUGUAGAUCCUAAAUCUGUGGAAUCGAUGGGUUUUCUUGGAGGUAAAGAACGAAUUUGAAUACCCAUAAAGAGUAAACAUUCAUCCCUUGAGCGUCACAUCAUUGAGUAGACUGGUUUGAAAUCUUAGUCCGAAAAGUGUGGUCUAAUAAGGUCCUCGAUUGAAAUAAAACUCUAGAUCUGUCGGUUAGAAAAGUCUGCAGAAUGAAGCAAAGCUUCUGCGGUAAACAACGACGACAACGAGGAUGAAAUGGCUUUUCUACGAGCAGUUACUAUACUCUUAGCAGAAGAACCGUCAAACUCAACUUUGAGACAAGGGAGAGUCAAAUGACGUUCCUUUUGAGUACUAUAUAUCCGUCAGCAUUAGUCAUCAUCAGUUUACCUACAACUACAUUUCAUUUAGCCUGCGAAAAUAUCCGUUUCUCCUCGCUCCUCGUCGCUGGGGACGUUUCGCGCGGAGGAAAAACCCGGCUCCCCAGCGGCGAAGAGCGAGGAGAAACGGAUGUUUUCGCAGGCUACAUUUCAUUGUAUGUUUACCUGACUUCCGUCACUUCGCUGUAUCAGUUGUGCGGAAAGUCCAGCCAUGCACUGACCUUCCUUUUACUUGGGAAAUUUCCGUGAAAGGUGAACACGGAAUUCUAAUCCCCGUGAUGCGUUAUUUCUACUUUUUAAUUUUCGUGAUUCGUGCGUAGGACCCGCCCUUUACCCCCGUCACAUAAGGCAAAUGUAGGGAAGUAUCCAGCGGGAAUUUUGGUUCACAAAAUGAACGCUAUCAACUAUGAACUGAGAAAUCCGGGGCGUAUUCCUGGUAGACUGCUUGCAGUCCGCCUUUUCUCUUAAAAUCCGCCUAGUUCUUAUCUCAUGCAGCGCGAUUGCAAACCACGACGUUACUAUUACAGAGACGCCCUCGUUUCCCGCGGCUCCCGACUUCGCCGCUCGCGUGCUUAGGUUUCGCGUGCAGUAACUUUGCAAAGAAAAACAAGAGACUGCACGCAGUCUAUAUUCCUGGGUAUUUGUUGUGGAGUGUGCUUUGGCUUUUCAAAUCGGGACUCUAGAUCUUAUUUCAGGUCAAUACCUGAAAUGUAGGGGAGUACUUCCCCGGGGAUUUUCGUUGUCAUGACCAUAAAUUAUGUUAUCAUAUUCUUGCUCCGCAUUUAAAAAGUCACUGGUUACAGCAAAGGAACGUGCUUAUUGUAGAUCACCACGUCUAAAAAAUAUAUAUAUUCACUUGGACAGCGAGAAAGGCUUUAAACGCAGUAUCAGACAAAAACAAAACUUAAAUUUAUUUGCUUUUGUUAGCUUUAAGAACCAGAAUUGAGAAAUGUACUGCUUGUUUAAAGUAGAGCGACAAUAAUUCAGGAAUUCCCGGUUACUGAGGUCAAAUUAGUUACGUUAUACUGUCACACUAUAUUUUGGGGGGGGGGGGGGGGGGAGGGGGGGGGGGGGGGGGGGGUUUAAAAAUAGGGCAAAUCGGUCCCUCACCAAGGGGGCAAAUCGCCUUUUUUUUAUCCACCUUGUGGUGUUAUUAAAAACCUGUUUUCUUUAAAAUUAAUACUCUUUUUUCUGUUCAGAUAGUGCACUAAACAGAGGUCUAUGUUUCUCUAUAUAUUUUGUUGUGUGUAUGGUAUAAAAACUAACAAGGAGAGAGAUUUGUUUGUAUUUUUGGAGAGGAGAAGAAAAACAUGAGUCCCUGGUGGUUGUGGAGUUUAUGUUUUUGGUUUUAUUGUCCAAUGUGGUGGGGAGGGGGGGGGGGGGGGCAGGGGGAUUGGGGGAUGGGCGCGUUAAAAUAAUGCGAAUCGUUUCCUGCUUAGAAUGGCUAACUUGCCUAUUUUUAUUCACAAUCCGGUUAAAUUUAAAACUUACUGUACUUAAUAAUAGUACUCAUUUUUCUUGUUACGAAAGUCUUCCAAAAAGGGUGCAAUGUUCUACUCUCACAUGAGAUUUUACGUCACGCAACGGUCGGUUUUAUGGUAGCCUGAGUAUGUACAGCCGCCCCUUCCACUUAGAAAAAAUCGCUUUUCCGCGAUUCUUGUUUAGCAUAGUUUCCCUGCAUGCUGUUUGCUUGUUUAAUCAAAGUUCGACUUUUUCCUUUUUUAAAAGAGCCAUUGCGUUUAGGGAAGGGGCAGAGGAUUUUGAGGGGGGAACUUACUGACAAUAUUUUGGAAAAAAAAGGAGCCGUAAAAAUCACUGAAGGCAGGAUGCAAGUUCUUAUUAAUUACUCACGUAUUUGUAACAUUUACAGAUAAACUAUGAUACAAGUGAAGUCCCUUAUUUCCACGUUAGAACUGCUAGUUCAAUGUACAAAAAGUCCUUUAUUUACGUAACGAGUAAUCAGCUCAAUCUUCAUCAUCUAGAUGGGGGUGAUGAACGAUAGAGACACCCAGAAAGAUGUACAUGAAGAUGAAGAGCAAAGGAAAAACUAAACGAGUUACGACUGGGCCCAAGAUUGAGGCCUUCACCAUUGCCCCCCUUGAACAAGCAGGAUUUCCUGUUCCCUGCUCCCUUCAAAUUGAAAUGAUGACAAUAAUAUAGCAGUGAAAAACUUUUUCCUGUACUUGUCUAGCUUUACAUGAACACGAGGAUAUUUAGGGAAGAAAUUUGAUAAGACAAAAGUAAAUUCAAUAUUCAAACCCAAGACGAAGUCGAAGAAUUGCUUAAGUAUUCCAAGGUUUAGAUUUGGGCCAAUAUUCGGCCAUUCCACGCUAUAAGAUUACGGGUUAUUUUUCCCCGUUCCCGCGUUCCGUUAAUCCGCUAUGCCGCUAUUCCGCUAUUCCUCCCCUUACGAUCGUCCAUUGCUUACGCCAAAGCUGAACAAUCUCCGUCGCGAUCUACACACCUACAAUGCAAUUAUCAGUCCAAAAUCUCCCUCACUUUAUACAUACCCUGCUAGCAGAGGCCUCUUUUCCCCCAGCGAAUGACUGUCAAGGGAAAAGAGCCUCUGCUAGCAGAUCUAGCAAAUUUGUCUUACGCGUGCCGUUUGGACUGGCAUGCUAGAACUUUUGACAUUUAUUUAUACUUGCAGUGACGUUUUACAACGUUUUGGACUUGUACAACAGUCUUGAAAUUUGCAUUAAUUAUUUCAGUUGUCACUGGCAACACACUUAAUAAUUUACGUAAAACAAAGCCUGAUACGUCCAAAAUGACAUCACUGUCCUAGGAUAUCUACCCUAUGAUUGGCUACUGAUGACAUCAGUGAUAAAUUUAGUUAGGCGAUUGCACCACCAUGCAUUGAAAUAGUGCAACAAGCGUCCAAUGUUUCAUCGUUAUUGACAAAUUUCCUCGCGAGGUACGUCGGGGAAAUCAACAAGACUUCAGCAGGUUGACAGCGCUCGAAAUCGACAGCAUUGGCGCCGAUUUACAGCAAGUCGGUGCUCCACGGAACAACUUCUCAGAAGCUCAAGGUUUAGCCACACGACGGCAGAUUUGACGCACAACUUUUACUCAUCAAAUAUUUCGAAAUGUAUUUUGUCAGAGCAGCCAAAAACCUUUCUUUCUCCGCCACUAAGAACGAACUUUGCCGGCCUUUGCCUCGAAAUAGUCGACCGUCGAGUCGACCUAAUCGAGGCAAAGCAGGGCCAUUCUUUACACGCCGACGAAAACCCAUACGAAACGACAACGGAUUACAAGGACAUGAUCGACAGCACUGGAAACCGAACCCCAACAGUGGAUACAAGUGGACUGUUUGAUGACAUUGGUAAGUCUCGUUCUAGAAUUAUUAGAAUCACGAUUCGUCUAUGCAGCAUCACGAUAAUUCGAACGUAAACUAACUUGUUCCCUUCCUCAGUUAAACUCUUUAAUUCUACCCCGAUAUUUACAACCUCCUGAUAAUUCGAAUCAUGCAUUUAAAUGACCGGUCGUUUCGCCCACGUCCCAUUCGCUAACGUGAAAACGACCGUAAACCCGUUUAGCGCAUCAUUAGGACUUGAUUACACCGUACUUGUUCAACUGCGAACACUUUGAAGUAUUUAAAAGUCUUCUCUACCGAUUUCUUCGCCGUGCACGCAUAACAAGAAUGCAGAUAAUAUUUACAUUUGUAUUAAUCAGUGCCCCUUUAUCAAUUUUUUUUCCGUCUCUGUUCUGGUUAAUGUUUACUUACUUUUCAAAGACAACAGUUAGAAUUGUGGGAACAAAAAAAUAUACAACAUUUUAAAUGUAUCUCUGCAUCACCCUUGUAAUUUUUUCACAACAGGAAGCUUGUCUUGCCAAACAGCUUUCUGACAAUCUGUUGUUUAUUUACAGAAUUGCUGAAUAACCCAUUAGAAGACACCGAUAUCUUGGACCAGGAAGGUCCUGAUAAAACCAAGUUUCCACUUGGCUUUCUUGAUGAGCUGAACACCACCUUGCCAGUAACUACAGAUCCAUUAGAAAGUAUUCUGGAUUUGGAAAAGUCAACAAGUUCAAUGGACAAUCCAUUCUUUGAAGAAUUUAUGGAUCUUGACCAGCUAUUUCCAGAACUCUCAUCUGUUGACUUUGGGUUUGAAGUGGAGCAGGCCUCGCCAGUUCUCACUUCAGACAUCUGCCAAUCAGAUGUAGUGACCGUAGAUACUGGCGAGUGUCCUGAAGCAGCUUCCCCCUGUAGUGACAUCAUUGACGUGGUAACAUUUGAAAGUAGUGCUGAGGUACCAAUAUGUCCGCUGGAUGAAAGCAUCAUUGACAUUGCCCUCUCCUCUGAGUACACAGUAGAUGUAGUGACUGUGGACAAGGGUAGAGUCUCCAUGGAGACAGUCACAGAUCUUAUUGGCUGCCACCAAAUUGAGGCAUCAUCUCAACCUGUGUCUGAUAAAGCUGAGAUCACAGUAGUUGAAGCAUCGGACCCAUUGACACUUUUGACACAAGAGCUGACAGAAACAUCCUCCUUGAAAGAAAUCAGUGAGCUUCCCCCAUCAACUCUGACAGUUAACCUUGAUCAACUGCUGGCAUUUUCUUCUACUGUUGAACUUGCUGAUGUUGCAUCAUCUUGCACAGAUAAUGGUACUGAAAGCACAACAGGAUCGCCAGAGGUUUCUGUUAACCCUGAGACUCGGGCAAACAAAAAGAGAGCAUCCUCUGAAGAAAGAUCCCAUCCUCCACCCAAAAAACCUAAGUGUAAUGAUGGUGAUGGUAGUGAACUUGACAAAAAAACUAUCAGGCGACUUAAGAACAAUGUUGCUUCUAAAUAUGCUCGUGCUGCCAGAAAGCAGAAAGAACAGGAAUUGUUUAAGCAGGAAGAGGAAUUAGAGAAAAGCAAUGCUGAACUGCGGAAGCAGUUACAAGAACUUGAGCUUCUCACAACUGCAUUAAGGAAAGUUCUUGUUGAAAAAUUAAGUGGAGCAACAUUUCCUUUGUAA